UUCACAUACAAGAGUGAAGAGAAGGUCCCAAUUCUCCCUAAGUUUGAUUGGGAUCUUUUUGGUGAAGAAAAGCAGCAGCAGCCACCCAAUGAAAAUGAGAAGCAAAAGCAGCCACUUAUCGAAAAUGUGGAGGUUCCUGAACCACAACAAGCACAAAGACAAGUGACUGAAGAUUUAAAGGUCUAUUUGAGAAGGAAGAAGGAUAAGACCACUUCUCUUCCUACUUGCCAAUCAUCAUCCUUGACUUUAGGUAAUUUUGCUCUUCCUGUUUCUAAUUCAAAUCCUGUUGAUGACUCUUCCACUCCAGAUUUUCAUGAUAUAGAUUUGUCCAUUGCGCCAAUGAUAUAG